AUGUCAGAAGUCGAAACGAUCAUAUCUUACUCAGCGCACGUCCCGGUCGAAGUCGACAAAUCAUCAUGCACCGCUCUUGUGUUGUUCAUAAAGGAGACCGCUGCCGACGGGAACAUGACUGAGGUUACCCGUGACCCUGGCCUUACCAAAGAACUGACCGAUCGGGUUCGACCCAGCCCGACUAGCAACUCUUCGCCAGCGCCUUGGCCCACUCCUCAGCCUUUACCGCACCCGCAACGACUACAACUAUCCCAACAGACACCGAAGGGUGACCAGCAACCUUUGAAUCAUUUUUAUCGCCAGCCGGUCUCGUCUCACAAAUCUUCCUCACAAUCAUUAAAAUAUCCUGGAAGCGGCAUCAGAACCUUCUCGUGGCCCUCGGACAAUCCGACUGCCAAGUUGAAGCCCAAGCAUCAGCGAACCAGGCGCUGCUCAAACACACCGUGCAGGCGGAGAGCAAAGACAAAUCGUGGUCCGCCCCCUUCCAUGGUCACUCAGGGCUUCUACGCAACUAUUGCGCCAACAAGUAGCUGGAUAGUCGAGCACUCAAUAAUUGGUCCUUCUGACCCCGACGACGUCCUCACCUUUGAUCAACCCAAGUGCGCCUCGCUGACUACUCCAUCUACCCGCCGCAUAUCUAUCCAGCUACCUCACUUCCGAACCAUCAACGAUCUAAGUCUACCCAUAACCACAAACCACACAAUGGUUACAUCCUCUUCCGAGUGGGCCCAGGGCUCGGAUUCAAUGGAUCAGAGCCAAGGCAGUGAGCAAAAUGAGCAGCCUGAUGAACUCGCUAGCGACGAAAGCGAUCUCUUCCUAAGGGCAGCAAAAGAAGAGGAAAUUGCGAGGCCGACGAGUGUUGUGCACACCAAAUCUCCCAUGCCAAACCGAUGGUCGCGAAUAGCAUACGCUCCUCUACCGCCUCACACAACUCCGCAAGGCUUGGAGCAAGACAGUCACUCUCUUCAGCGUACUCCAAGUAAAUCAUAUACCCUUAGAUCAGAUCCAUCUACUUCACUUGUCAGCACCGAUAAAAGCAUGAGGCGAGAAGGCUUCAAUAAGAUAUGUCCUAAUCAACCGACUUCCCGUAAAAAUCCCAGCACACCUAUCAAUAACAGUCGAGAUUCAUCGCCUCGCGAAUCCUUUCUUCCUCAGGCUGAUCGAAGGUCAUCAAUCCAAUCUAUUUCUCAAUACAGAAGCACUUCGAGAUCAUCGGGCGCUGAUAAAUCAGUACAACAUACAAUUGGAGGAAGAAGGCCCUCUAUUCCCGACUUGAAAUCACCACCGAGAUCAGGAUAUCGACUGCCCAACGGCUUAUACUCGACAUCACGCAUGUACAAUUCAUCUCCGCUCGUUCCACGUACAAUGGAAAUGGCUUGUUUACAGGAACAUGCCCGAAAACCAGAAGAUACGGAAUCCCUGGCUUCAACUGCAGCUCAAUCAACUGUUUGGGAUGAAUUGGAGGAGUUAAAAUCGCGAAUUCACAGGCUUGAAAUGACGGGUAAAAUAGCGCCCAACUCGGGCACAGGGACAGCGACCUCUCACGCUUCGAGUGAACGCCCGCGUACUGCCACGACCACGGUUACCACGAUGUCAAUAUCACCAAAAUGGGAGCGCAACAAUAGCCAAGCGCUCACUGAGUCCGUUCCUCCAACCUCAAGUAACGAGGUGUAUCCACUCUUAAAAUCAGCUCUAACAAAAUCCAAGCCGAUUCUAAUGCCGGAAAUUUACAAAGCUCUUGAAGCAUCAACCUUCGACGCCAUUUCCAUCGUCUCUAUGAUGGGUAACUCGGGCCAGCCAGGGCCCAUUUCCAAUGCGCAAACUUCUGGCCAUGGCACAGCGGGUGUAACAGAUCGACAGGUUCGCCGCAAGGCUGAAAGUUUAUGUCGGAGCUUGACAGAGCUCUGUUUAGCUUUAUGUGAAAAGCCACCCGAGAGUACGAGCCUGACUAGUGACGCAACCAAACAAGAAGACGAAAGUCGAAAAGCGAUUCAGUCAACGACUUCCACAACACCAUAUACAUCAACUCAGAUGAAACCUCAUCAAUCUAGUCCUCAAACGCUGAGUCGUCUCGGGGCCCGCCGAAGCAGCUUGCUGACCCCUAGCCUUCACAGCACCCGCAUGGUUCUACCUGAUUCGAGAACCUCGCCGCAAGGCGCAAUGAGCAGUCGACUCUCUUCACUUGUUGUUCGGACGCCACAGGCGGUUGAUGAGGACGUCGACUACUGUCACCGGGCUCCUUCGCGCGGCUUUUCUGAGUUAAAUAUGGGUGCAGCGCGCGAGAAACCCUAUCAUUCUGCCUGCGCCGAGGCGCCAAGACUCAUGCAGUCGUCCCUGCCUGUCAGGCGCCAUCUCACAUCAGCUAGUCUUAGCCGCGCUGCGACGAUCACUGGAUUCGAUGGACGGCCUCCGACUGUCUCGACGACGUCAGAGCGAGAUCAGGGUGCACAUGGAAUGAUGGGCCGGUUGAUUGAGGCCCGCGAGAAACAGACCAUGUCUCUUGGCCGUGCUGUUGACUUCGAGGCGCCGGGGGAAAGAUACAAAAUGGAGAGGGGUGUCGGAUAG